UCCACUGUGCACGCUUGGCUUAUUAGUAACAGACGUGUUAUUGAAGAGUUAAAAUGAAACAAAAUAUAUACAUAGCGUCACGAUAAAACCCAUAACAACUUUGUAGCACAGCUAACUUUGUUUUCAGUUAGCCUUUUCCGUUCCCUUCCAAACAAAUUUACUUGUCCUAUUUGCCAUGGUCACAUUGAACACAGCAGGCUACUUGGUUCACAAUGAGUGCAAGGGCAAUGCACUACUACUUUUGCCUCUCCAGAAAUUUCUGCAGACACAGCCCAACACUAGAUAAAUAGGGGGGAAGAACACCCUUCAAGCCCCAACUCACCCAAGCAACAUAACUCAAUCAUGGGUGCAUAGAAAUAUGCCAACCCAUAUCUAUGGGGUCCUUCCCUUGAACUGCUUCUCCAUCCUCUCCAAAGCCAACCUGAUCUAGCGCUUGUUUUCCAUUCCUUGAAAUCACUGAUAGUUACUUGUUGGACAUGGAUCAUGUCUUCUCAAUGGAGGAGAUCCUCGGACCCUUUUGGGACCUGCCACUGCCACCAACACCACCAGAGCAGCAGCCUCUGGUGGUGACCGGCACCGACAGUGUCAUCGUAGAUGGUGUUGUUACUCAUGUUGGUGAUGGAGAGGGUGAGCAGCAGCCUCUGGUGACUGGCACAGACAGUGUCGUCAUAGAUGGUGUUGUUACUCAUGGUGGUGAUGGGGAGGGUGGUGACAUGCUGGAUCAGAUUCAGAACACCACAGAGUGGACCUUUGAGAGAUUAUUGGAAGAGGAGCUUCUAACUAACACAACAACUGUGGCAAACUCUAGUUGCCCAGCCCUAAAUGUUGAUCCACUGGUGGAGGUGGACCACGGAACGAUGGCGCCUGCAGAGGUGAGCGCCGUAGGUGACCCCAUGGAGUACAAUGCCAUACUGAAGAGAAAGCUGGAUGAGGACCUCAUGGCCUUCAAAAUGUGGAGGGCCUCUACUAGUGGUGUGAACUCUGAAGGCUCAAACAAUGAAAAUGGAGGAGCAGGUAGCAAGAAUCUGGUGCAGAACAAGCUCAAUAGUGCAGAUCCAACCAAUAAUCAUGCACAAAAUGCAGAUCUUCGUGUGAGGUUUGCUACUAGCUCUUCCUCAAGGGAUCCUUCACCAUCAGAUGAGGAUAUGGAUGGUGAAGUAGAGAUUCUGGGAUUUAAGAUGCCUACUGAAGAAAGAGUGAGAAAAAGAAAGGAAUCUAAUAGAGAAUCAGCCAGGCGCUCAAGAUAUAGAAAAGCCGCUCACUUAAAGGACCUGGAGGACCAGGUAGAAAAAUUAAAAGCUGAGAAUUCUUGUUUGCUGAGGCGCCUUGCUGCUAUGAACCGAAAGUACAAUGAAGCUAAUGUUGACAACAGGGUACUGAAAGCAGACAUGGAGACCCUAAGAGCUAAGGUGAAAAUGGGAGAGGACUCCCUAAAGCGCGUUAUAGAGAUGAGCUCACUGACCUCCAUACCCAUUCCAGAGCUUCCCAGCAGCUCUGAUGUUCCAGUGCCUAUCCACGAGGAGAUCGUCAACUAUUUCACUACCACCCCAGCAGACGAUGCUUUGGCUGACAACAGCUUCAUGCCCAUGCCAGAGCCAUUGGCAUUGCAACUCCAAGCUGAAGAGCCAACCAUCAAUGGAGCUCUAAAUGCCACAGAGAUGAACCAAAUCGCUACGCACUGCGCGGCAGGGAGCCAACCAUCAAUGGAGCUUAUCCAGGAGACAAUGGGAGCCAUGAUGCCGACCUCCCCCGGAUCAACUCUCCAGGAAUCUGAGCUGCUGGGUCCAAACGAGACCAUAAACAUGCAUACGUAUUAGGCAUUGCAAGUUUUGUAAUCUCGUUUGUAGUGAUCACCUGUGCUUGCACUGCGUGGGCGGACUUGUGGUUUCUUCUUUAUGUCGUGGAAUCCCUGGGAACAUUUGCAGCUGUCGCUGAAUAACUGAAUAAGGCUCAUUGUCUCCCUUGACAUUUCAAAUAAAUUGAGAACCAUGAGUGUUUUUU